AUGAAACAAGCCAUCGCAACAGACUUGUGUAGAGUAUGCAACCUGAAGCCUGAAACAAUACAACAUAUUACCACCGCAUGUAGUGUAAUUGCUCCAAAAGAGUAUUUGAACAGGCAUAAUGACGUAGCGAAAAUCGUACAUAGUCAUCUUUGUCACAAGAGCCAUCUAAUCAAGGAAAUUCCUCCGUAUUACAAGUACAACCCUAGCUCUGUCAUCGAAAAUGAGUCAACAAAAAUCUACUGGGACACGCUGAUCGUAACUGAUAAGCAAAUCCUUCACAACAAACCAGACAUUCUUUACAUUAACAAAACAGGGAAAUAUGCAUUUGUCAUUGACUUUGCAGUACCAGCAGACAGCAACAUAAUAAACGCCUACACAGCGAAAGUCACCAAGUACCAAGAUUUGUUAUACGAAUUGAAAAGAAUCUACGAUCUCAAGAAAAUCGAAGUCUGCCACAGGUUUAGUAGAAAGACGACUUGUUAA